ACAUGGAACCCGUUGUGCUGGAGAAGUGGCAGCUACAGCAAAUAACUCACAUUGUAUAGUAGGAAUUGCAUUUAAUGCCAGAAUUGGAGGUAAAUUGAAAGAAUGGUCCUUAGUACUUUAUGGGACAUCUAUCCAGCCUUACUCCCCAAGAAAUGAUUUUUUAAAAGGCGAACGAGUACGCAUGAGUGCAAUUGAAGACCCUACGGAAGAUUAUGGAGUCGAUGACUAUUCAGGUCCCUGCAAUGCAGAGUGCAGUAAGGUUGGAUGUGGUGGACCAGGGCCAGACCAUUGCAAUGAUUGCCUACACUAUUACUAUAAAUCUAAAAACAAUACACGAAUCUGUGUUCCCAACUGUCCACCUGGUCACUAUAGUGCGGACAAGAAACGUUGUAAAAAGUGUUCACCCAACUGUGAAACAUGUUUUGGAAGUCAUAGUGAUCAAUGUAAUACCUGUAAACCUGGUUACUUUAUCAAUGAAGAAUCUAGAAACUGUAUUACCUCCUGCCCAGAGGACUUUUACCUGGAUAAUAUUUACAAGGAACAAGAUGUGUUAUACGCUGUGAAGCAGGCAAAUAUUAUAACGGCAGAGACUGUGAGCCAUGCCAUCAUUCCUGUGCUUCUUGUGAAGGCCCAGGAGCAGAUGCUUGCAUCAAUUGCACAGAAGAGUAUUUCAUGGAGAAUGGGAAAUGUGUGGUAGCUUGUAGGAAUGGCUACUAUUUGGAUCACUCAUUAGAAAAUGGACAUAAAACUUGCAAAAGAUGUGAUGUCAGCUGCUUUGGGUGCAGUGGUCCAGGAGAAAGAAACUGUACAAGUUGUCCAAAUGGCUACAUCUUAGAUACAGGUCUUUGUGUAGUUGGUCUUGUCUGUAAAGAUGGAGAAUAUAUUGAUUUUCUUGGUCACUGCCAGUUCUGUGACAUUUCCUGUUCUAAAUGCAUAGGACCAACUUUGAAGGACUGCAUUGGUUGUACAUAUGCAAAUAGAGUUUUGGAUGAUGGGCGCUGCGUUGUUCAAUGCCCUCGAGGGAAAUUUGAAUUUAACAAGCAGUGUCAUUCUUGCCAUGAGUCCUGUAUGGAAUGCAGUGGAAAUGAACCUAAUGAAUGUACUAGCUGUGCUAAAGCCAAAUACCGUAGUACUAAAUCUCAGCUAUUCGGUACUGACUAUCAGCAGAAUGUCCAUUGUUCCAAAGAUAAUAAGCAAUCCCAUCUUUUUAAAGACCAGUGUCAGAAACAAACCAUCAUGGCCACCAGUUAG